CGGUGUCAGUUAGCUCGCGCCUCUCGUAGCGGUCGGUCGCUGCUUCAUGGUUGCGUCUCGCAGCAGGAAUUUUGGGAGUGGAAAUUCCGCUGUUAUACUUUCACGACUCGCUUCGUAUUCUGACAUUUCUGCUGUGAACACAGAGAGAGAAAGAGGCGGAGAGAGAAAUACGGAGUGAAAUCUGGAGAGCUUAUCCUCCGAUGUUCCUUACCCUUGCUUUUCACUGAAAACCGGUUAACUACUGAUUGCUCCUUCUUUCAUUUUCCACUUGGAAGUAUCGAUCCUGUUUUCCCAAGGUUUGAUGAAGAAUCGCAAACUGCCACUUCUGGAUUUUCCCCUUUUUUGAUUCUUUAUCUUCCCUGCUUUUUGGAUUAUAUUUUGUAUUUAGAUGGCAAGUUGUCCCCUGACAGACACGGGGAUUUGGUGCUGAAGCUCGCAGGAUGCUGAGGAGCCUACAACAACCACAUAUCUUACUUUGAGACAAUCUGCUCGUAUUUGUGUCGCUUUUGGACGUAAACCCCCUCUGGACGUUUCCCCCCCCUCCCGUUUGUCUUUAUUUUCUUUGACAUCAUGUCUGUUUUGUACAAUCUAAGGAUGCGUAGUGGAUUGCUAUUGUUCAUUUUCACCCAAGUCAUCCUGGUUGCUUCGUUGACUCAGACUGAUAAAUGCGGGGGGACUAUAGAGAUCCACACCCCGGACUACCUGACCUCCCCCGGAUAUCCAGGCGCGUACCCGCCCUCCCAGCAGUGCGUGUGGGUGAUCUCAGCCCCGGAGCCCGGGCAGAAGAUCCUCAUCAACUUCAAUCCGCAUUUUGAUCUGGAGGACAGAGACUGCAAGUAA